AUGAUCCGACAAGCAGAGCAGGAGACACUUCUCUACAACAGCAGCAAAGACGAGACAGAGCAUGAACAUGAAAUCUACAGGAAGGUGGAAGGUUACUUCCGCCGUCCGCCUAACGUUGUAUUUUAUCGGCAUCAUCCUGCUCUCUUUCUCGUCCUUCGCCACUCUCCGCGUACUGUUGAUGGUCCUUCAACGGACGCAUUGGACGCAGCAUGGUCAGACUUGUAUGACAUAUACACAUAUAAGCCUCGUCCACGGUUCUUGGUUGGUAGGAGUGACAUAUUCAACAUCGUAGACCCGAUAUCAUCACUUACAACGGAGGAGAACGGACGGCGUGUGGACCCAACUGUGCCUGCGUUUGGUAAUGUCUCACAGCUGUACGAAGGGCUAGAUGUCUCCCACCAGUUGCACUGCUUGGUAUCAGCCCUCCUCUUUGAAGAUAUGUACGCCGGGGCUGACUUACUUGCCGCAAAGGAUUAUGCGAGAAAGGCCCUUGAGCCUGAACGCUACGGGGGCGCAGAUGGGCGGCGUGCCUCUUUCAUGGACAAGCGUAAGGCCACCACGGACCUUCCGCACGUAUCGGCUGGCGAGCACGUCUCCCAUUGCCUUGAUAUGAUUCGCCAAUCCCUCGUGUGCUCAGCGGAUAUCAGCGUCAUAUCAUGGUACAUGCCUAUCGCUUCGUCUGCGGAGCACACACCCAAUUCACUUCCCCGCUUUGACCAGACUAGGAUGUGUCGAGAUUUCGAUCGUCUCAGGGAUUGGGCUCGAUCCAGGACUCCAGACGCAGAGGGAUUGGAAGGCGUCAUGCCUCAUGGCGAUGGCGAAGGCCGUUGA